CAUUUUAUGAGGUUAAAUAUCAUCAUCAAUAGUUUCUACACAAUGGCCGAUGUAUUAGAUAUAAACGACGCUGUCGAUUUAGAUGUUGAAGACGAAGGUGAACAAAGUGUUUUAAGAUUAAAAGAUAAAGUAAUCAAAAGAAAAGGACGCGGUUUCGGUCCCGGUGAAGGUAGAGAACACGAAAAAAUACGAGGUUACGAAUCAAUAGACGCCGGAGAACAUGGAGACGAACAAGGUCCCCAAAAAUCAGUCGAAGGAUGGAUAUUAUUCGUUACAUCCGUUCACGAAGAAGCCACGGAAGAAGAUCUGAGUAAAAAGUUUUCCGAUUACGGUGUUAUUAAAAAUAUUAGUAUUAAUUUGGAUAGAAGAACUGGGUUUUUGAAAGGUUACGCUUUAAUUGAAUACGGUACAUACGAGGAAGCCGCUAGUGCUAGAGAGGAAUUGAACGGGUCUUCUUUGUUGGGGCAAACCAUUGCUGUGGAUUGGUGUUUCGUUAAAGGGGCCAAGAAACAAAAAAAGCGAAGCAAAAGACAUUGAAUGUGUUAGAAUUUUAUUUAUAUCACUUUUGUGGCACUGAAGAUAAUAUAAAACGUUUUUGUA